AUGUCGAACCUUGCCAAGCUCGAAUUUGUGGCCCUUGAUAUUACCGGAAAGAAUAAUUUAUCAUGGGUGUUAGAUGCUGAAAUACACCUAUACGCUAAAGGGCUUGGUGAAACAAUAAAAGAGGCUAAUAAGGCAACACCUCAAGAUAAGGCUAAAGCCAUGAUUUUUCUUCGCCAUCACCUCCAUGAAGGGCUCAAAAAUGAAUAUUUAACUGUGAAAGACCCACAAAUCCUUUGGAGUAAUCUAAAGGAAAGGUAUGACCACCAAAAAACAGUGAUACUACCUAGAGCUCGUUAUGAAUGGUUAAAUUUGAGAUUGCAAGAUUUUAAAUCUGUUAGUGAAUAUAACUCAGCUAUGUUUAAAAUAACUUCUCAAUUGAAAUUAUGUGGAGAAAAUAUUAUUGAUGCAGAAAUGCUUGAAAAGACAUACUCCACUUUCCAUGCUAAUAAUAUUAUCCUGCAGACACAAUAUAGAGAAAAAGGUUUUAAAAAAUAUUCUGAAUUAAUAUCCUGUCUUCUUGUGGCUGAGCAAAAUAACGAGCUGUUAAUGAAAAAUCAUGAAUCACGUCCUACUGGCUCUACUCCAUUCCCUUAA